AUGAAGCUCCUCGUCGGUGUUCUCUUUUCCUUCUUCCUCGCUCUUCCUUCCGCCGUCGCCAGAGGCGGCGAACGCGGUGGCACUCUCUCAGAGUAUGAGAAUGAUAGGAGCAAUGUGGCUACUACUAAAGCGCGGGUUUUGCUUGAAGAUGAGAAGUCACCGAACAAGAUUGCUAGAGCUCGUGGGUACAUGACGAACUCGGAUCUCGAGAAGGCGGUGAAGGAUUUUGGGCGAAGAUGUAGCAACAUUUCUAGGAUAUACAGCAUUGGAGAGAGUGUGAAUGGAGUUCCACUGUGGGUAAUAGAAAUUUCUGAUAAGCCUGGGGAAGAAGAGGGCGAGCCUGCGUUCAAGUAUAUUGGAAAUGUUCAUGGGGAUGAACCUGUUGGGCGUGAACUUCUUAUUCGGUUAGCUAAUUGGAUAUGCGACAACCAUUUGAAGGAUCCUCUGGUCAGAUCAAUUGUGGAAAAUAGUCACCUUCAUAUUCUUCCAUCAAUUAACCCUGAUGGGUUUGCAUUACAGAGGCGCGGUAAUGCAAAAAAUAUUGAUCUGAAUCGUGAUUUUCCUGACCAGUUCUUUCCUCUGAAUGACGAUAUACAUACGCGUCAACCUGAAACAGCAGCAGUUAUGAAAUGGCUGAGUGAGAUACGUUUUACAGGUUCUGCAACUUUGCACGGGGGUGCACUUGUUGCUAAUUAUCCAUGGGAUGGUACCAGUGAUGGAAGGAAACAUUAUUAUUCAUGCCCGGAUGAUGAUACUUUCCGGUUCCUGGCGAGCACUUAUAGUCAAUCUCACCGUAACAUGUCUUUGAGCACGGAGUUCCCAGGGGGCAUAACAAAUGGAGCAUUUUGGUAUCCAAUAUAUGGAGCAAUGCAAGAUUGGAACUAUAUACAUGCUGGAUGUUUUGAGUUGACCUUGGAAGUCAGUGAUGAUAAAUGGCCAAUGAUUGAUGAGAUUCCUACACUCUGGGAGCACAACAAAAUGAGUUUGCUGAACCUUGCAGCUUCAGUUUUGAAGACAGGAGUACAUGGAAGGAUCUUUGCCUCGGAUUCUGGAACUCCUUUGCCUGGAUUUAUCACCAUCAAGGGAAUAAACUACACGGUUAAUGCUGGAAGAGCAUUUGGGGAUUAUCAUCGGCUGCUUGUCCCCGGAGAGAGAUAUGAAGUUAUGGCCACUAUGCCUGGGUAUAAAUCCAAGAUGACAACCAUAUCAUUAGGAGAGACAGCCAUGACAGUGGAUUUCAUUCUCGAUCCAGAGACCACAACCAAGCGGUAUCUAUGGAGAACUUCUGGUUGCAAUUGUGGCGGCAGCAGCAGCAGCAGCAAGUUUGGCUUCGAAAUGUUCUGGACGCUUCACUUCGAAGUUUAUGUUGUUAUCAUCAUAUUGUUAUUUUGGUUUCUGAUAAGGAGGAGAUUGAAAUCCAAUCUCUCAAACGAUAAACAGCAUGCAGCACGAAGUUCCUUACUUCCUGCAUAA